CGUGGGCCUGGUGGGCUGUCCCAAUGCGGGGAAAAGCACCCUCUUGGCGGCCGUUUCCAACGCCAGGCCGAAAAUUGCCGACUAUCCGUUUACGACGCUG